AGCCAUGAAGUAUAAAUAUCAUAUUUAUUUAUAAGCAUUGUAUUAGUAAUCUUCAAAAAGUAUAAAAGUAGCAAUAUACAGUGGACAGAAAAAAUAAAUUAUCAUGUCUUCUUCUGUCAAAUUACAUCCUAUUUCGGCUGCCUUUUUAUCUACCCUCCCUAAAAUUGACUUCAGCACUGUAUCAGUGGAAGAUUUGCGUCAACCUGAUCAAAUUUUGGAUGUGCCUAGUCCCGACGUCACAAUUGAACGUAUUCAAAUUCCUUGUCGAACGGACAAUCACUUGAUUCAAGUAGAUGUUUAUCGCCCUGCAUCUAUUAAUGCUGAUGAAGUACUUCCUGCUGUGGUUUUUUUACAUGGUGGUGGGUUUUGCUUGGAAGGUCAAGGUGCACAUCCAUUUUUAGUCAGCAAGAUUGCGGCCGAAGCUCAUUGUGCUGUAUUUUAUGUUUAUUACUCGUUGAGUCCGGAAGUGAAAUAUCCUGUGGCUGUUGAGGAAUGCUACUCUGUUGUUGAAAGAGUCACUACAGCACAACAUGCCAAGCUUUUGCGCGUAGAUCCUACGCGUGUCGCUGUUGGUGGUGAUUCUGCAGGCGCGUGCUUCACUAUAUCUAUUACACUGCUAGAAAAGCGAAGACAUUUGGAAAAUAAAAUCAAGUUUCAGAUUUUGUAUUAUCCCGUAACAGAUUAUAUAGGUAGUUCUGAGUCACGACAGUUGUUCGGGAAAGGUUACUUAUUGGAAAGUGAUCUUAUGAAACUCUAUUGGGGCUCCUAUCUAAGGGAUGAAAAUGAUCAGCAUGAUAUGAUUGCACUCUGCUCAAAUGCAUCUGUACAAGAUUUAAUAGGCCUACCUCCAGCUUUGGUAAUAACAGCCGAAGCAGACCCACUUCGUGAUGAGGGAGAAGCAUUUGUUCGACAGUUGAUGGAAGCACAGGUUCCUGUCACUUCAUUUCGUGUCCAAGGAGUACUCCAUGGAUUUAUGUCUUUGACAUCUCUUCACUCUACUGAGUCUCUCCAAGUUAUUGAUAUAACCACUGCUACACUUCGUAGACUCUUUAAACAGAAAUAAAAUGGUUUAUUUUAAGCUUUUAA